AUGCCGAGUCAGGACAGUGGGGAUGUCCUAACGCCCUUUGCUGAUUCGGAGGACUCCAGAUUGCUCAGCGAGUUGGGGGAGCUCACAGAUGCUUAUACGGCGAGUCAGGCCCCUAGGGAGAUGUUGGAAUUGAAGGAUAAGAAGGGCCAUCAUGGGGGCCCACGUACCCUAGCAUCCUUUCCGGUGCCCUCCCCCACACAGCAGGUGGCUACUCAAAAGCAGGGGGAGCCUGAGGGAGAGUGGAGUGAUGUGGAUAUGCAAAGGUCGUCGUCUCCCGAACCAGCUGAGGCUGUUGGACAUGCUGUCAAUGGUAUCGAGAUGGAUACGGAAAUGAACACUCAAGACGACGACCACGACGAGGACGAGGAUACGUGGCAGAGUCCGGGUGGAGGAGUGAGGCAGUCGGUUGGGUCAUCAACUCAACAGUUAUCACCUGUCCUCAAUGCUGCUGCAGUUGACUUCUCCCCGACUGGAGUGUCCGAGUAG